CUCCCCGGCCAUCCUCACCCUCCUCCUCCCGGCUCUCUCCUCCGGACUCACACAUGGACUUUGAAGGGAAAGUGUGGCCGUUGUCGGGCGGCUUCGGCCGUUACACCCGGCUGGUGUGUGCGGCCUCCUGGCUGCCCAAUGUCCUCCUGGCUCUGGCCUUCUCCUCACACAGCCCGCCCGGGGGAUGCCGAGGAGAGCCCGGGGGAGGCUGCGGGAACAACACCGGAGAGAACACCAGCUGCUGGCUGGAGGACACCAUCAUCACUCAGUGGGACCUCGUGUGUGACGAUGAAUGGAAGGUGCCUCUGGCGCAGAUCUGUUACCUGAUUGGCUGGAUGGUUGGUUACAUCAUAUUUGGCUGCAUCUGUGACAGGUUUGGACGGCGCAAUGCGUUCAUCAGCUCCCUGGUGGUGGCUCUGCCAUUUGGAGUGGCCUUGUGUUUUUCUCCAGGAUUCCUCAGCUUCCUUCCCCUCCAGGCCGGCUUCGGAGCAGCUCUGGCUGGAAUCUUCCUGUCUCUGUACAUAGCUAGACUGGAGCUUUGCCUUCCUGGUCGCCGACUUAUGAUUACAAUGAUUGCCGGCUUUUUCUGGCUGGGCGGAGAGCUCCUUUUGCCAGGCCUGGCUGUCCUGUGUAGUGACUGGAAGAUCCUACAGGGGGUGAUCACUGGCCUUUUAGCCUUAUUAUUGGGCUACUGGUGCUGCAGGUUGCUGUUUCCCGAAUCGCCUCGCUGGCUCCUGGCCACCCAGCAGGUUAAUCAGUUGAAAGCGGAGCUGUAUCUGUUCUCCAGAGCGAAUGGAGUAGACACCAGGGAGGACCUGUCUAGCGGAGACGGCCUGUUUACAGAUAUAGACUCGUUAUGGGAGGGUUUUCCCCGGCCGCGGUAUUACAACAUAUGCAGCAUCUUUAGGACCCGUCUUAUAUGGAAGAAUGCUCUGAUUCUGGGAUUCACCACGUUCAUCGGCUGUGGGAUCCGGCCGUGCUUUGCUCACAACCUCAUGGUUCUGGGUGACUCCUUCCCAUAUUUCCUGCAGGUCGGCAGUGAGGCUCUGGCCUGUAUAUUCCUCUGUAUCACUGUGAACCAUUGGGGGCGCCGGGCCGUUCUCCUGCUCUGCACCAUACUGACCGGUUUCUGCUCUCUGCUGCUCCUGGCGCUCACACAGUAUCUCUUCUCCGGAGCCUCUAUAGCCAUAUCUGUCCUCGGCUCCCUCUGUGCCCACGCUGUGGUGAUGCUGAGCGUCUUCUAUGCCAGCGAGGUGCUGCCAACAGUCAUCCGGGGCUCCGGCCUAGGUGUGAUUCUGGGAAUCAGCAUGUUGGGUCGAGCGGCCCUCCCCAUCAUCGUUCUCCAGAAGAGGUCCGGCUUCUUCCUCUUCCAUGUGGUCCUGUCCUCCUUCUGUAUCCUGUCUGUCCUCAGCCUUCUUCUUCUGCCCGAGACCAAAAGGAAGAGUCUCCCUGACACCCUGAGACAAGGCGACAGCCUGCGCCGCCCACCCCUUCUCCUCCAAGCCACCCAGGAUGCCGUACCCUUACUAUCCCCAGACAAACCCAGUACGGAUUACAAUCCCGAGAACUAUGCCUGCCUUGCCAGCUCCACCAAAAAAAUGAUCAGAACUGGGUCCAAAUCCGGAGAGGAUAACAAAGCGCUUACUGACGAGUAAUAGGGCCAUUACAUGGAUACGAUGCGGGCACCGUGCAAUA